AUGGCCCGGACGUCAAACCCACGGAAGGCGAAGGUGAAAGCGGGGCGAAAGGCGAGGCUCGCAGGGGCACCAAAAGGGGCAUGGCCAGGGGCUGGGCCAGAGGGGCGUGCAAAGCCGACCACCAUGCGAGUUGCCCAGCGCAUGCGACAGAACGCGAUGAACGAAGCGGAGCUGCGUGCUAACGCUCAGACGAUUCUCUCGACGAUCCACCAGUCCCGACCAAAAACUACGACCUCGGCGUACGGGCCGAAACAAGAGGAGUUCGAUCAAUUUUGCCAACGCAAACAGUACAGCGACGGCGCUACGGUUACGGAGGAGAAGCUUCUCCUCUUCCUCGUCGACGAGGUAGCAGGCCGGCCCUUGAGGGUACGGAGUCGCAAAGCCGCCGCCGGCACCCCGCAGGACGAGACUCGGCUGGCCUGGCGGUCCGUCCGAACAUAUGUUACCGCAAUUACGGAUCUUUACCGGACACAAAAGGCCCUUGGAAUGAAUACGCACCCGUCGCCUCGCGAAGACAACGUACGAGAGUACCUCAAGUCCCUACAACGUCGGGAUGCCCAGCGGGACAAGGAGAAUUAUGCCGAUAAAGGCCGCGAUACGCUUCUCGAUGGCUACUCGGAGUCCGAAUUUGAGCGUGUAUGCCAUGAGCUCUGGGUCCACAGCGCGACAUCGACUGAGUGCCAUUUUCGGACCCUCGUGGAUCUCCUCUUCGGCCAUUAUCUCCUCACCCGCGGCGGCGAUCGUCGGGUCGCGGAGAUCUCAGACCUCUUCACGUUCGAGUUUGCUGGUGAGGGUUCGACCCGCUGCAUGCCGCUCAUCUUCACGACGCGAGCCGGCAAGCAGAACCAGCACGGGCGCCUCGAGACUGCCGGUGCGUAUCGGAAUAGGAACCCGCUUAUCUGCAUCUUGGGUGGCCUCUCGUUUUACCUCCUGUGUCGUUGGGAUCUCGGUAGUGAGCCAUUUCCCGAUUUCAGCCGGCGCUCCGCGUGGUACGAUAUCCGCCUUAUCAAGGGUAACGGCACUGACCGAACGGCGGCCUUCUCGUACAACUCACAGCGCGACUGGGUUGUCAAAGCUUUCGCUUACGCUGGGGUCACGUCGCAGAAGAAGACACACGUCGUGAGGAUCAGAUCCGCCGGGCUGGUCGUUGGAAUCAAGAGCAGAUGGUCGGCUGCUAUUUGA